CGGGUGGAUGUGCACUGUACUUGGGUUUCGCAGGCGGUUCUGGAUUUGAUUGAUAUAGACAAAUUGCCUGGGGAGGUUCCAGGGGGGGAGAUUGUGAGGGAGCCGGGGAUGGGCGUGUUUUGUGAUAAUGCUAUGGAUAUUGUUACUGGUUUGUGGCCCAAACCAAACGCCGCCCAGAAAAAGAAGUUUGUGGGCAGUGCGAUGAGGGAGUUGAACAAAGUUGGACUGGUGGGGAUGCAUGAUGCGGGUGUGCUGCCGAGGGAUAUUGAUCUCUAUGAGGAGAUGGUGAAGAAGGACAAAGAGGAGUGGACGGUGAGGGUGUAUGCCAUGGUUGAGUGCCCGGAGAGAAACACUUUCUGUCCAGAGGCGGCGAGGAAGGUGGAUUUGGAAGGGGGGUGGUUGAGGGUGGGGAGUGUGAAGCUUUUUGCUGAUGGUGCCCUCGGUUCCUGGGGCAGCGCCAUGAUCGACCCUUACUCGGACCGUCCUUCUACCUCUGGCUCUCUCCUCGUCAAUGCCAGCACCCUCCACUCCCUCGCCCUCUCCUGGGCAAAGGCCAAGUAUCAAGUCAACAUCCACGCCAUCGGUGACCUGGCCAACCGCCACGCCAUUGACUCCUUAGCCAAGGCCCUCGACGACCUCGAGGUCUGCCCUUACGGCAUCCCACCCAAGAUGUGCCAGCAGAUCAGCUGCCGUUUCCGCAUCGAGCACGCACAAAUCAUUCACCCAGACGAUCAAGCCCGGAUGAGAGAGCUGGGAAUCAUACCCAGCAUCCAGCCUACCCACGCUACUUCUGAUAUGGCCUAUGCGGAGGAACGGCUGGGUAAGGAAAGGAUCGCGAAGGAGGCGUACAGGAUGAGGUCCAUGUGGGAUGUUGGGCCGCCGGUGCUGGGGAGUGACUUCCCCGUGGAGCCGCCGAAUCCCUUUGAGGGAGUAUAUGCUGCCGUUACGAGGAAGAGUCCACAUACAGGCAUUGGACCGCCAGGGUGGGAAGGUGGGUGGUAUAAAGAGCAGGAAGGGUUGAGCGUGCGGCAGGCAUUUGACGGGUUUACCAGGGGCCCUGCCCACGCGGCGUUUUGGGAGAAGAAGGCCGGUGUGAUCAGGGAGGGGGGAUUCGCCGAUUGGGUGGUGAUGGACGAGGAUGUUUUGAAGAUAGGGGAGGAAGAAAUCAGGUUCUUGAAGGUGAGGGAGACCUGGGUUGCGGGAAAGAAGGUCUACUCCAGAGAUGGCGAGGAUGAGCCGGCGGUAGAGAAGCAAACUGGCGCGAAGGAGGAUUUGUAA